AUGGUAAUACCAAGAGGAUUUUUAAAACUCUCUUUGUUAUCGCGGGUUGUAAGGGCACAUCAUGUGGUACUUAGGACGUUUGGAGAGGAUAGAACUUUGAAAGUAGGUUCCACUUUGCUUAUAAGUGAAACAAAAGCUCCUUUUGGUCGUGUGGUUGGUUACUACUUUAGAUUUGGAAAUGUAAAGAGACCUUCCUACGUUGUGAGAAUGGAAUCAGAUAUCAAAACGCCUCGCGGUACACUUAUUUAUCUAGUCGCCCUGAAAAUUGCAGAAUAUAUUGAUGAAGAGGAUCUGUUCAAGAGAUUUCAUGAUCCACUAAGGGCGGAGUUUGACUUCUUUGAAGAAGAAGAAGAAGAAGAAGAAGUUAAUGACUGCCAGAGUACAACAACAAAGAGGAAAAGGAUGAGUAGUGAAGAAGUAAUCAGUAACUCAAACAAGAAGAUAUUGAGGACUUGCAAUCACUAUGAGGGACAAUGCGAGGACAAUUUUAACCAACUUCUUUGUAUGCAGCCGCAUCAUGUGGACAUUGUUCCCAAUCUACUUCAAAUUCUAAGUCAAGCUUUAAUGUUGUACAACCAGCACCAGCAGCAGCAACUCACGAGACCUGAGAUCAAUCAGCCUAACCAAAUGGGAUUUGUUUCCAAUCUACUCCCAAGUCAAGCUCCAGUGAUGAUGCCAACGAUGUACAACCAGCAGCAUGGUUUCAGGAGCAAUCAGAUUACAGAACUAGGCCAGUACAAUCUCAGACAGCCUUUUGAUAUGUUCCAACAACCUUUUCUCAAUGCAACAGCUCCACUGGUGUACAAUCCGCCGCAGCAAUUUAUGAGACCUGAGAUCAAUCAGCCGAACCAAAUGGGAAUUGUUCCCAAUCCACUUCCAGUUCAACCUCCAAUGAUGCACAACCAGCCGUAUGGCAGUCAGAUUACAGAACCAAACCUUGGAGCACAAGUCUCAACAAUGUUUUUAGGUCAGAACAAUCCUAACCAGCCUUUUGGUAUGCGCCAACAACUUUUUCAAAGUGCAGCAGCGCCAGUGAUGUACACACAGCAGCAGCAAUCCAUGAGACCUGUGACUAAUCAGCAAAACCAAAUGAGUUCUAUGAGGAUGUUCAAUGCUGGACAGUCUUCUUACCGUGGCAGAGGAGCUCACCGCAGUAGAGCCAGAGGUCUUGGGAGGGGAGGUCGAGAAGCCUAA